GUGCUCACCAAAUCUGAUCCUUCACCACAUUGUGUAAAACACCGCUGGUGUGCAAACAGCUAACCGAUGUCAAUUGGGUGCGUUCGCAAUGCCACCACCGUUACGUUGUACUUCUUCACUUCCCUCAACGUGUGUGAAGCAGCUCUGUAGAGCUGGACAAUCGACACGAUCCUUCUCGACGACUCCUCGACAAGAUCAAAGAAUAACUCGAAAUCGACGGCAACUGUUCCGAUGGCUUGGCUCACAAGGACAAAACUUCUUGAACCCAUUGAACGGGUCAACGAAUUACCUGGGUGCUUAUAACGCUCAAGGACAGCUGAAGAGAGUCGUCGAAGCAGCCGCCGAGGCGGAGAGAAAGAAGAAAAAGGAAGAGGGUAAGGCAAAUGAGCCUGCGAACUCGAGCGCAUCAGAGUCGGGGGAAUCAGAGGAGGCCAAAGAAUUCAAAGGUGAAAUACCGCCGGAGACUACGAGGGAUUUGACCCCAUUUCCUUUGAAUAAGAGCUUCGUCAGCCAGCCGGUGCUUAGCGAUGAUCUGCGGGAAGAGAUCUGGAAGAGAGUCAUGCAGGAUGGCAAGUCUGUCAGAGUUGUCAGUGCCGAGCUCGGGGUCGAGAUGAGUCGUGUGGGAGCUGUGGUACGACUAAAGGAGAUUGAGAAGGAGUGGGAGCAAACAGGACGACCGCUGGCGAAGCCAUAUCACGAAGCUGUAAUGUCUAUGUUGCCGAAGACUCCUUACGAUCCUACGGGUAGAACCAACGCCAAACCCCACGAAUCUAUCAACGACCUACCAGUUCACAGAAAGACCGGAACACAAAUUUUCCAUCCAACUUCCGAAUCAAGACAUUUCACGCGAGAAGAUGCUGCUAAGGUUUUCGACGAGAGAUUACUCCCAGCAGAUCUCAGAGUCCCACAUCCUGAGCUGGCAGAAAUGCAUAAAGACUAUAAGGCAGGUUUGUCGCAAGAAGAAAGGCAGCAGCGGCAAAUGGAGAGAGAUGAAAUAGCCGAACGCAAGAGACAGCGUGCGGAAGCAAAGAAGGCGAAGAAGGAAGCAGCUGUCAAGAAGGUAGAUACUGGAAGAGUGGAGUUCAGGUUCACGGAAAUCAGCGUUGAUGCUGCUGGAAAGGAUGGGCGAGGGUUCAAGGGCGUUGGGUGGAGAUAUGGGCAUCCUCACAUGGAUCGCAGCAGGGGAACGGUCAAGAUUCCCACAAGUGUCGAAUGAUGACUUGGAGAUGUACUGUGUAUUAUGCAUAGAUGGGAGGGUUCUCGUGCAUUCUCAGGUGUACGUAACAUUGUAUGAAGUACGAGUUAUGCCACCUAUAUUACUGUACAAUGAAGCUUGAAGCAGAUGACGAACUUCUGAUUAUACACCGUUAAUUAGCCUACGGAAAAAUUACUUGAUCACAGUGAAGCUAGAAAUAUCAUCAGAAAUGGUC